AUGAGCACCGAAGAGGAUCCCUCGCAGUCCGGCUACGAUGACAGCAUGGCAGGGCCGGGCGCCCCUACGCCUCUGAGUGCUCUUGAGGGUGUGAACGGUCUGACUGCACGCGACAUCAAGCUCGUUGUAGAUGGCGGCUACCACACGGUAGAGUCCGUGGCGUAUACACCCAAGCGUAUUCUCGAACAGAUCAAGGGAAUCUCGGAGCAAAAGGCGACGAAAAUCCUGGUCGAGGCGGGGAAGCUGGUUCCCAUGGGCUUUACCACCGCGACAGAAAUGCACCAGAGACGUAGCGAACUAAUCUCCAUUACUACCGGCUCAAAGCAGCUCGACACUCUCCUCGCUGGCGGUAUCGAGACUGGAUCAAUCACGGAGAUAUUUGGAGAGUUCAGGACCGGAAAGAGUCAAAUCUGUCAUACUCUUGCUGUGACAUGUCAACUCCCUUUCGACAUGAGUGGCGGAGAAGGCAAAUGUCUGUAUAUUGACACAGAAGGCACUUUUCGACCCGUUCGUUUACUGGCAGUGGCCAACCGCUACGGAUUGUCGGGCGAAGAAGUCUUGGACAACGUCGCGUACGCCCGCGCAUACAACUCAGACCAUCAGCUCCAACUUCUACAGCAGGCUGCGCAGAUGAUGACAGAAACCCGUUUCUCGCUUCUCAUCGUCGACUCGGCAACUUCUCUUUACAGAACGGAUUUCGCGGGUCGUGGAGAGCUUUCGGCACGCCAAGUCCAUCUUGCCAAGUUCAUGCGCACCCUGCAGCGCUUAGCCGACGAAUUUGGCAUCGCCGUCGUCAUCACAAACCAGGUCGUGGCGCAAGUUGAUGGUGGCCCCAGUGCGAUGUUCAACCCCGAUCCGAAGAAACCUAUUGGCGGUAACAUCAUCGCGCAUGCCAGCACUACACGUCUAAGCUUGAAGAAGGGUCGCGGUGAGACUAGGAUAUGCAAGAUCUAUGACAGCCCAUGUCUUCCCGAAAGUGAUGCCAUGUUCGCUAUCAACGAGGACGGUAUCGGCGAUCCCAGCCCGAAGGACCUGGAGAAGGAGUAG